AUGAAUAAGGUGCCUAUCAAGACGGCAAAAGCAGUUCCAAAGUCUCUAUUAUACCGUCAAGCCAAACGUACUGGAUCACCAACAAUUUCUGAUGGUCAACGUGCGAACCUGAUCAUCGAGUCUCUGCGGGACGUUGGAUCACUAUUUUACACAUCAUACAACGAUGACGAUGAGAAAGACGCUAUUCUUCGUCAUGAAUCUAUAGUGGCGAAACUUAAUUCCGGUGAACUUGACGUAUUAAUCCGCCAUAAUUACUCUUCAAUGCAUUCUGCUCAUUGCUGCGACGCAAAUCUACUUCGGGCCAAAUAUCCUGGUACUCCAAACGAGUGCGAACUGCUGCAAGGGGCUCUGGAUGAAUAUAACUCUCAGGACUGGAAUAAAAUACCUCAUAUGUGGAAGCAACUUGCAUAUUACCAUGGUUAUGGAUCAUGGGGCCCACGAAAAGGAAUGUCCUUUCUGGGACGUAAGCCGGAGGAUUUUUUUGUUACCACGAAUAGAGAGCUCUGGCGCUGCAACGAAGUGCGUAAGGACUACCUCAAAAAAGCAGCAGAACUAGACCCUGCUUCACGGUUUAUAAUGCUUGCAGCUGCAAUUGUCGCUGCUAUUGCCCUUGCAGGUGACUACCGGCGCCGGCAAGACAAGAACGCAACUGUCAUAGAAGCCCACUUCUCCUAG